UGUCGAUAUGUAAUGUAAACGUGCUGCUUAUCGUCCCCAAAAGCAGCUUCAAAAUGCUUUCGUUGCUUCAGAAGUAAUGGUUGAUGCAACCCGAAUUGAUAUUAUGAUGCAGUGUCUUCAACAGCAAAUACAACAUCAUAAUUUUAUUAUUCCCUACGAUGCUCGGGUACUAUUCGAUUUUCACGCUUCACCAUCUCUCUCGUCUCCACGCGCUCCGUUUCCUCCAUUGGAAGCCCCGCCACGAAUACAGGCUACCCCGACCCGAAUUGGUAGAACGAAUAACGCGUAUCCUUGUCCUGGGCCGUUACGACGCCCUUAACAACCUCUCUUUUGAUUACUCAGAUGACCUUCUCGAUUCAGUCUUGCUGAAACUCAGACUAAAUCCUAAGGCUUGCUUGGUUUUUUUCGAAUUAGCUUCAAAGCAGCAAGAUUUCAGGCCAAGUGUUAAGUCCUAUUGCAAGAUUGUUCACAUCUUGUCACGUGCUCGAAUGUACGAUGAAACCCGACACUGUUUAUACGAAUUGGUUGAGUUAUGUCGGAAUAAUUACUCGGGCUUCGUAAUCUGGGAUGAGCUUGUUAAGAUUUACAAGGAUUUUACAUUUUCCCCUAUUGUUUUUGAUAUGAUAUUGAAAAUUUUUGCUGAGAGAGGCAUGCUGAAGAAUGCAUUGCACGUAUUCGAUAAUAUGGGAAAGUAUGGCCGUGUCCCAAGUUUGAGGUCUUGUAAUUCUUUGUUGAGUAGGUUGGUUAAAAAUGAUGAAACGAAUGUUGCGCUGCUUGUUUAUGAGCAAAUGAUUAAAGUUGGGAUUGUACCCGAUGUUUUUACAUGUUCAAUAAUGGUUAAUGCGUAUUGUAAGGAGAAGAGAGUGGAAAAGGCUUUGGAGUUCGUGAAAGAGAUGGAGAGUCUGAGUUUCGAAUUGAAUGUUGUGACUUACAAUAGUUUGAUGGAUGGAUAUGUUAGUUUAGGAGAUAUUGAAGGUGCAAAAAAAGUGUUAGAGUUGAUGUGUGAAAGGGGGAUUUCAAGAAAUGUGGUUACAUAUACAUUGUUGAUUAAGGGUUAUUGUAAACAAGGUAAGAUGGAGGAAGCCGAGAAGGUACUUCAAAGAAUUAAUGAUGAGCAGGAUGUACUUGCCGAUGAAUGUGCUUAUGGGAUUCUGAUAGACGGGUAUUGUAGAGUAGGUAAAGUUGACGAUGCUAAUAGGGUUCAGAAUGAGAUGCUGAAGGCAGGAUUGAAGAUGAAUCUGCUUAUUUGUAACUCUUUAAUUAAUGGCUACUGUAAACUCGGUCAAAUUUGUCAAGCAAAACGAAUGUUAAGCCAUAUGGGAGAUUGGAACUUAAGGCCAGAUUCAUUCAGUUAUCAUACACUUCUGGAUGGGUUUUGCAGAGUAAAUAAUGUGAGUGAGGCCUUCAAGCUUUGUGAUGGAAUGAUUCGUGAAGGAAUCCCUCCAACUGUUGUUACUUAUAAUACUCUUCUCAAGGGUUUGUGCCGUGUGGGUGCUUUUGACGAUGCUUUGCACCUGUGGUGUAUGAUGUUGAAAAGAGGUGUAGCUCCUAAUGUCGUUGGCUAUUGUACUCUGCUUGACAUUUUAUUCAAGAUGGGAGAUCUUGAUGGGGCAUUAAGACUUUGGAAAAAUAUAUCAGCCAGGGGUUUCUCCAAAAACACAAUUGCUUUCAAUACAAUGAUUAAUGGAUUAUGCAAGAUGGGGAAAAUGAUUGAAGCACAGCAGAUUUUUGACAGGAUGAAGGAGCUGGGAUGUUUGCCUGACAAAGUAACAUAUAGAAUCCUGAGUGAUGGCUAUUGUAAAGUUGGAAAUAUUGAGGAAGCUUUUAACAUUAAAAAUAUGAUGGAAAGGGAAGCAGUUUUUCCUUCCAUUGAAAUGUAUAAUUCUCUUAUUAGUGGAGCCUUUAGGUCUAGGAAAUUAAGUAAAGUGGUGGAUCUUCUUGCUGAAAUGCAGACUUCAGGGUUAUCACCUAAUGCUGUAACUUAUGCGGCCCUUGUUAUUGGGUGGUGUGAUGUAGGGAUGCUGGAUAAAGCUUUUAAUACAUACUUCGAGAUGAUAGAAAAGGGGUCUGCCUCCAAUGUGAUUAUGUGCAGCAAAAUUGUUUGCACCCUGUAUGGACUUGGUAGGAUUGAUGAAGCAAAUAUGCUUUUGCUGAAAAUUGUGGAUUUUGAUCUUGGUGCACAUCUCAAACUCCUCAACACUGAUGUAAUUAGUCUGGAUGUUCAGAAAAUUGCUGACUCCCUGGAUGAAAGUGCCAAAAGUUUUGAUAUGCCCAACAGUGUGUUGUACAAUAUAGCUAUUGCUGGACUUUGCAAGUCUGGGAAGCUUGAUGAUGCAAGAAGUGUUUUCUCAGCUUUGUUGCUUACGGGCUUUACUCCAGACAAUUUUACGUACUGUACCCUGAUUCAUGCCUAUGCAGCUGUUGGUGAUGUCACUGAAGCUUUCAAUUUACGAGAUGAAAUGCUGAAAAGAGGUCUCGUUCCAAACAUUGCCACAUACAAUGCUCUAAUUAGUGGUUUGUGUAAAUCAGGCAAACUGGACCGAGCACAGAGGCUUUUCCACAAACUUCACCUGAAAGGUUUGGCCCCUAAUGUCAUAACCUAUAAUAGUCUGAUUGAUGGUUACUGUAAAAGUGGUAAUACCCAACAAGCCUUUAAUUUGAAAUGUAAAAUGAUUAAAGAAGGGAUUGCUCCUUCCGUUGUUACCUACUCUACCUUGAUAAAAGCACUUUGUGAGCAAGGAAAUAGGGAAGAAUCAAUGAAACUUUUAGGCCAGAUGAUUAAGUCAGGUGUGGAUCAAAAUCUUGCCAUGUUAUCUAAGUUGGUGCAAGGUUAUGUUAAAUGUGAAGAUGUAAAGAAGAUCUCCAAGCUUCAUAACAUGAUGCAUUUCAGUUGUUUUCCGUCUAAUGUUAUCUAUUAUGAUAAACCAAUGGAGAUGACCGAGUCUGCUGCUUUGCUUAAAUCAUAUGAUGUUUCCGAAGCUGCUUGUUGAUGAAUGAUCAAUGGAUGAUGUCAUUUGUGGGAAUGAUUGUGAGUUUGCCCAUUGCCUUUGGACUUUGAAAUUCUGAGAUAGUAGGCCCAAGUACUUCUCAUUGACUCUCAACACCUCAGGAUAUAAUCAUUCUCUUGGUCCCAAAUUCGGUUGCUGAAUGCUACGUCAGAAGAUUGUGUGGAAGCCUGGUUACUUAUUUUUCUUGUAACUGGAACUAAUGUUGGAGUAUGAACAAGUUUUUAGCAUGAGCAAUCUAAAACUUUGGAAUUUGAAACUGUUUUUAGCAUGAGCCAGUGCAAAGUCUGGCUCUUGUGCAAAGCAAAGAAAAUGAAGGAUGUCAACAUCUAUGCCAAAUUUCUUAAAAUGUGGAAAUCAUGUUUGAAGGGACCCCAAGAGUACAAAGAGAAGGAGGUGUAGAAGUGAUUUUUCUAAGAACUUUUCAUAGACACUGCUGGAUUAUGCUUCAAAGAAGUGAUCUGUACAGGAUUGAAGACAUAUCAAAAUUAAUGUGUUUCUGACUGGUGCAACUCUUAACAUUGUGGCAUACCAUACUAGUGGCAGUUUGUGGACUUCGAUUUUGAAGGAAGUCCAAGACUUCUCAUCAUCUAUUCAUCUCAUGAGGAAGAGAAUUUUGGUUAAUUUUUGUAUACUUUGUUUUCCUUUUGGGACAGGAGAGGGAAGACUAUUAUAAGCAGACUUCUCUUAUUGUUGUUCGGUGGAAUUGUCACUUGUCCCUCAAGUCUUUUGAUCUCUUUGUGGAUAUAGCCAGAAAAUAAGGAAAAACUAUUAUUUCUAGCAGGCCAUGCAAUGUUACCAGUGCCUAAUAGUUGGUUAGACAUACUCACUGACACGCACAUGAGCACACAUCCAAACUUCAGCUGCCCCUAGUGGGAUAUUUCUGGAUGGAGAUUAUGCUAUUAUUAUAUGACCAGGCUUUCAUUUGUCAAAAUGUUACAAUCUGUGUCAAGUUCUUGUCCCACAGAGGAUGAAGCACCAAGAUCAUUAAUGCAUGCUGGUAAUUGUGUCUUAGACCGCAUUUCUGACUGCCAUUGGGGUUCAGAAUGUUGCUUCCAUCUCAAAUCUUUUUUGACAUAAAAUCCGCCAGCAAACUUAAGGCUUUGUUUAUACAUCCAGCUCUAGCCGUGGUAUUUAUGGUUCACUAGAUAUUGGUUUGAUAACUGCUAUCAUACAUGCAAUGGGAGGAAACUGUGAGGUACCUGAAAUAUUUCUGUUGACCAAUCUCUUUAUGUGGAGUAUCAUGCAGGCUUACUGUGCUAGAAAUUUUACAUACAUUUUGGCUCCAUGUACAAGAUAUGCUUGACACUGGUUGAUGUUGGAUUAAUGCAGUAGAUUGAAGAAUGCUUAAUUUAUCAACAAUUUGAUUCAGAAAUUUAGGCCAUUCCUAUAAGUUAGUGGGUCAUUUCAAAACUGGGUAAACUAGAGGCGCUCUCAGUAUGUCUGAUGAUGACAGACAGAAAGGUAUCCCAUCAACAUAAAUAAGCUGAGGAUAAAGUAGGAAGCUUAGCUUUUAAAUAAACUAUCUUGUGUGAAAGCACACUAUGGUCAAGUUGGUGGGAGGUGAACCUGGAUACAGACUAUGAACCUCGUGUAUCAGACCCCGAUUCAUCUUCUCUUUUUCAUUCAAUAACUGCAAUGACAGAGGAAAGAAAAUAAACUUCACUAAUUCUUGAA